GGGCAGGGUUCCCCGGGGGGAAAGGAGAGGGGGGGGGCAGGGGGGGGGAGAGCAGUCGUUGGUCUGUGAGCGCCUCCACAUUUCUCUAGGGAAAAAAAAGAAACUGUUUUCUUUUGGUUAGCGAGUACACCUGCCGUUGCUGGGAAAGAGAAAAGAAACGAACAAGGGAAGGAAAUAUCCAGCAAGUUUCUCGGUAGUUUCUCUGCGCCGAAGGUGAUCACAUCUUGAAGAGAUGGACCUCCUCCCUGCCGAGGAGCAACACUUUCUGAGAAUGUUCAUGAUACGCAAGACGGUGAUGGAGAUGCUGCGCGACAGAGGGUAUCUGGUUUCUGAUGGUGAGGUGCGAAUGUCCCGAUCAGAGUUCGAGGCGGCAUUUGGUCGGGAUCCCAACAGGGAGAGCCUGACCAUCACGGUGCACAAGCUGGAAGACACAGCUCAGCGGAUCUCUGUGUUUUUUCCUGAGGAUGAAAUGAUUCGUUCAGGGACGGUGAGGGAUUAUGUGGGCCGAAUGCAUCAGAUGGGGGUGGAUAGAGCAGUCCUGGUCGGUCGGAAGAAGAUCACUCCGCCGGCCAAGAAAGCCAUCGAGGAGGCUCGAACCCAGCACCACAUCGAGGUGUUUCUAGAGGAGGAGCUGCUGAUUAAUGUCCGAGACCAUGGGCUGGUCCCACAGCACAUCAUCUUGUCCCAGCAAGAACAGAGGGCGCUCCUGUGCAAGUAUGCCGUCAAAGCCACGCAGCUGCCUAGAAUCAACCACGACGAUCCCGUGGCUAAGUACUUCGGGCUGAAGAAGGGCCAAGUGGUGAAG